UGUUUUAAUACAUAUGUUUUUUGAUGUGUUUUGGGUACACAAUAGAUGCAUGCAUGCCGACGGGCCGACGUGCGGACUGGUAUCUCCGGCGCACGCACGCCAGAAUUGAUAAAGGGCAUCGAUGUUGGUGCCGGAGCUUAUUUUGUAUAAAGCGUCUGUGCAAGCCGCGGCUAGAAAAUUGUUUCAACUAUUGACGAGUUCUCGCCAGCACGGACAUCCCUUUCCUAAAAACUUCAUCUUGUUGUUUCUUUUGUGUUUAAACCUUCUGAAUCUUUCGGGAUAGCACCACUCCAACACAUACAAUACCAAUGGGGAUCUUGGGCACAUCGCACUCGGAAGAACAGGCAUUGAGAGCUGCGGCGCCACAGAACAGAAACAGCCAAAUGGCAUCGAUUUCUUCUGUCGAUGCUUCGGCGUCCUCUGCUUACGAAACAGCUUCUGAAAAUGAAGCAGAAGACUUCGAGGGAAAUCAGAAUGACCAGCCAGACACGACUCAUGAGCAAGUCGUCGAUAAUGACGCAGAGAGUGCGUCUACAAUCCAAGAUGUGAAUCCCAACGAGGCAUACGUCGCAAAGGAUUACCCUGAGCCGAAAGUAACUGACGAUGCUGCAACUGAUGACAAUGCGGUAAGGCUGGUGCAGAACGAUUUGGACCUCAUGUCACCAAACAUGACCGAGAACGAGUUGAACAGAAUCGCCACCACUCUUACCGAAAGGUCUAUGGCCCCCUCUGUCGUGAGAUCCAUCACCAGAGGCGAGCCUGUCAAGCUCUCUGAUCUUGAAUAUGACGGUCCCGACGACAAAGCCAAUCCUCACAACUGGCCCAGCUGGAAAAGAUGGGUCGCGACUUUCACCAUUGCUAACAUGUGUCUUUGCAUUUCUUUGGGCUCCUCGCUUUACGUAGAAGGUGUUCCAGGCCUCAUGGUGGACUUUGGCAUGUCUCAAACACUUGGUCUUUCCGGUCUUUCUUUUUAUUUGCUUGGUUUGGCUGUUGGGCCUGUGAUCGGAGCGCCACUUUCUGAAAUGAUCGGCCGUCGUUUGAUCUACAUCACCACUUUCCCUGCCGCCAUUCUCUUUACCAUGGGUGUUGGUUUGGCUCAGAACACUAGAAGUGUGCUCAUUUUGAGAUUCUUCACUGGAUUCGUUGCUUCACCUCCAAUGUCCAUCGCUGGUGGUUCCAUCACAGAUAUCUGGGCAAACGCUCCCGAGCAAAUGUCCACUGCCAUGGCCUUAUUCUGUCUUUCUCCUUUCUUAGGUCCAGUUAUCGGCCCCAUUAUUGGUGGUUUCGUGGUUGAAAAUAAGAGUUGGAGAUGGACAAUGUGGGUUUCUAUGAUGUUCUACGGAGUUAUGUUACCUUUUGUUUUGUGGGUUCCAGAGACGUUCAAGCCUGCCAUUCUUAAGAAGAGGGCAAAGGCUAGAGGCAUUAAUUUGAUUGUGGAGAGACCAACCUUCAAGCAACUCAUUCAGAUUCACUUGUUCAGACCUCUCGAAAUGCUUUUUGUUGAGCCUAUUGUCGGAUUGUCCUCAAUCUACACAGCUUUUGUCUUUGCCGUGUUGUUUGGAUUCUUCGAAGCAUUUCCUAUUAUCUUUAGAGGCAAGUACUUGAUGAGCACGGGUAUUUCCGGUUUGCCUUUUAUUGCUGUGGGUGUCGGACUUGUUGGCGCAGUUUUGGCUUAUAUUGUUUUGGACAAGCUUCUCUAUUUCCCUAAGAACCCCGAUGGAACCAGGGGUAAGCGUGAUGAAGAAGGUAAGCUCAUUUGGGAUGCGCCAGAAUCCAGGUUGCUCAUCGUCGAGAUCGGUGCCUUCCUUUUGCCAAUUGCGUUGUUUUGGCUCGCGUGGACUUCACGCAGAUCAGUCCACUGGAUUGCUCCAACUCUUUCUGCUGUGCCUUUUGGAUUCGGGUUACUUUGGGUAUUCUUUGGUAUCAUUCUUUACUACUCGAUGUCCUUCCCACCAGCAUAUGUUGCUUCUGCAUUGGCUGCAAACAAUUUGCUUCGUUACCUUGUCGCUGGUGCUUUCCCUUUGUUCACUGUUCAAAUGUAUGAGAGACUACAUGUUGGUUGGGCAACGUCUUUGUUCGCAUUCAUUGCCGUUGCCAUGGUCCCCAUCCCAUUUGCAUUCCACUAUUGGGGUGUCAAGUUGAGACUGAAAUCCAAGUACGGCUACGUUGCCUUGUUCAGAAAAAUGGCUGAACAAAGAGCUGCGGCUGAAGCUCAAGCAAAAGCGAAUGAGCCAGCUACCGAGGAAGACAGAACAAAUACCAGUGAGACCAUAGAAAACACUUCUCAAGAUGUGGCCGAGAAAGUCUAAUUCGCACAUUCCCAGCACUCAUACUCUACUCAUUCAUAAAUGUCUUGAUCCCUCGAGACCCUGCAGCUAUAUAUAUAU